AUGAGCCGCCUGGUGGCCCCGAAGCUGCUGAUCCCAUCGUUGCAUGGACAAGGUGGCCACACAGGUACUCGUAGGACACCCCAGGCUGAAUUCAUUGAUGGUGGAAGUCCUGGACCAGUCUUCACUUCCGGCUUGGCAGCUCCUCCGCAGCAUGGCCGUGAACACUUGGAACCCAGGCCUGACGUGCCUCACGCAAUGCAAUCGAUCACUCACGAGAUGCAAUCGAUUAAUCACUCGAUCAACUCGAGACGCUCCGUCUCGAGGUCUGACUCGAAGGCUUCGUCGUUGCCACAGUCACUGCCGAAGUCGCUGCCGCGAUCGCUGCCGCAAUCGCUGCCGCAGUCGCUCCCGCAGUCGCUGCCCUUGCAUUUCGCAGAUUCGCCUUCCAGAGCUUGGAGUGCCGCGGAGAGUGACGUGCAAUCACAGCAGUCAGCCAGUCAGACCGGCCCCAUCAGUCCAACCAGCGCAUUGGGUGGAGCGAUAUCGACUUUUGGGGCCCCUGCAGAAUGGUGGCAUGAUUCCAUUAUUUUGGGCAGACUCAGUGCUCUUGCGCUCCGAUACUUUGCGACCAAAGCCAUCAAGAAGCCAUGGAAGGCAUGGAUGAGAUACAUGACCGCAGUCCGUGACAAGCAAGAUGCUUGCCUGCGCAACCAACAGCAGCUUGCUUUACGCUUGUGGAGACGGCGCAUCUUGUGGCAUGGACGUCGUAUGGCACCAAAGCGUCCUUUGCUGCUUGCUUUGCAGAGGCGCCGCAGCUUGUCUGGUGCUGCCUUGAACCCAUUUCAAGAUGGUGAAAAGACUUGUGCCGCAGUGCCGAGGAUUGCGCAGAAGCAUUUGGCACCAGCUUGGACGCGACUGCGUCAGGAGCGCUUUGGUUGUGGCUGCUGA